AUGUCACCAGCCGUCCUCGGUCAAGCCGCCGUGCCUGGAGUUACAGAACAUAUUCCCGAGAAAGCCGCCACGCUCGAAGAAGAUGAAGAAGCAGCGGUCAACUAUGCCGGCUCCGCUUUCAACCAGGAUCUGCCAUUCCUGCAAUUCAACGAUAGCAUCUCAUCGCCUCCACGAGAGCUGGACUUAGACAAUGUUCUGCUGUCGGAUUCCUUGCAGGUUCACCCACCCGCCCACUUCUACGCAGGCUCAGCACCGGCCUUGACAUGGUAUUCGGCGCCUUUCGACGACUCUCAUGGCUGCGACGAUGCUGCGCUUGAUAGCUUCAUUCCACAGGACGUCCCUGAUUCGGAUAUACUAGAUGCUCCUUCGACAUCAAUGGGCCUUCCGUGGGUCAUCAUAGAAGCGCAAGAUGCCAUCUAUACAACAGAUUAUCUACAACUUAUGGAGGAUAGCCUCUUACCACAGUCCACAUUUGCAAUUUCAGAUAUGCCGCCGACCGACCUCCAUCAUCACGCUUCUCCAGCAUAUGGAUCGACAUCCCACCCGCAAGCGCCAUCACCUGAACAGGCUGACAUCGUUGGUGAAGUACAACAGGACGCCAUGUCCGUUAGCAUGAUCGACUUGCAAGGUCCUCAAUAUGGUCCAGCGCUGCCAUCUCGUGUUCUCGAGUCCGAACGCCAUCCGAACCCUCGAAGCAUACCUGAUCUCGUCGACGAGACGAGAAGCGGCGCGCACCGUGACCCUCUGCCUUCGCUGUCGGGUGUCGCAAACAGUGGCAACCUCGCUGCUCCACCAGUACAAAGCGCUCUCUCUUCUACAUCUCGCAAAAGCCGUAAACCACGGCGCACUUUGGACGCGCUCAAGAACCCCGACCUAAAGCACAACGUUAAAUGCUCCGGGUGCGACAACUACUACUCCAAGAAGGAGCUCUCGUAUGUCUGA